CACGUGCAGUUCUAAAACGCUAGAUGGCAGUAUAUUAGAUAUUUUCCAACCUGUCCUGUAGCUGGCAGCAUGCAUCGUUUCUUUGUGUGUUUCUGCACAUUGGUCUUCAUAGAAGAAAAGGCGCAAUGUUUGGACUUCAAAGAAAAAAACAAGUUGUCAAAAUAAGAAGCCUGAAUGAAACAAAAAAAUAUGGGGUGGCUGCAACAAGUCUGAAAGAGCUUCUCAAAAAGGGGAGUAAACUUCUACAGGUUCCACUCGUCGGUUCGCAUAUUUCCUUGUAUGAAGAUGGAACAGAAUUGACAGAGGACUAUUUCCGAAGUCUUCCAGACAAUGCUGAACUUGUCCUUCUUGCCAUGGAUGAGAGAUGGAGCGGCUUUGUCUGCGACAUAGGCCGGUUGCUGGACACCGACAGGAACUCAGAUCUUCUGAUUGAUGCGGCUACGGGGCUUCUCUCAAACGAGCGGUCUCCAAAGAGACGCAGACUCCUGGGGGACCUGCUCCUGCACUUGAAGGACAGCUCUGAGGCUGAAAACAGAGAAGACGAUGAAGACUGGUUCCAAGGAAUUGAUGACAGAUUUAAGACCAAAUCGGCCUACAUGAAGUACAACUGUGAGAACAGGAUUCGUGGAUACAUGAAGGAGGUGCAUAGUUAUGCUCAAACAAUCCAAAAACCUAAAAUCAAGGACGAAUACAAGAAGACUGCAGAGUGCUUAGUGAUGCAGCUGAAAUCUGACAAGUACAAUGGUUGCUACUUCAACAGGAAAGAAAAGGAACAAAAUCGACUAUGCACCCAGGAAGGAUGGUUCUCCUGUCAGGGUGCUUUUGACCAUGAUGAAUGCAAGUCCCUUCACUCAAUCAACCCCUAUGGAAACCGAGAGAGCAGGAUCCUCUUUAGCACCUGGAACUUGGACCACGGGAUUGAAAAGAAGAGGACAGUCAUUCCUACCCUGGUGGAAGCACUGCAGAAACACAAGAGCAGCAACAUAAACCUGGACUAUUUUUACAAACUGCUGUUUACUCGGGAGAAUCUGAAGCUGGUACAUAUUGUAUGCCAUAAGAAAGGUGCCCAUGACUUGCUCUGUGACAAAAAUAAAAUUUACAAACAGGGCAAACGAAAAUGAUUCUCGAAAGUGACGGGUAUAUUUUUUUCUACUGUUUAUUCUUAAAUUUUGUAUUUCUUUAUUAACUAGCUAACAGAUGAAGUGCAAGACGCAUGAUAACUGGUAAAUAACUAAAUGUAAUUAUGGGCAGGGAACAUUUCUGCUAUCAGAACAGCUUAUUUAUUGAUCAUUUUGUGCUAGUGAUUUUAAAGCACUCCAUCAUGAGCUAUUGUUUGGGUAAUAGUCAAUGGACCAAUUGCAAAUCAUACCAAGCCCUACACACGGGUAUAUUCCGUUCGAUUCAACGUUUGCCCCAUCGCGUGUCAGUUUGUACUGAACACGUUCCCCCCAAUACAGCACACACCAGUCUUCAAUAGCCUUUGAGGUACAUUUGGUGGGUGUGGCCUGAUCAAUAUGGAUGUGACCAUUUCAAAUGGCAAAAUGUGUCGCACACGCCAUACAGUCGCUCUCUGGACCACCAUAAUGACACCGUUCAACUAUUUGCUCAGAACAAUACUGCUUCCAUUGAAAUUAAAUGCUUAACAUUGUUCUGUACUACUGAAUGCACCCCUGGUGAUUUGAUUGGUAUAAGCAAAUGGUGAAACUUCCCCCCAGCCUAUCGGUGGAGCUAUUACCAUAUUGAUUACAUCUGUCAAAUCCUCUCUGAACUCCAGAAGAGCAUAGGGUGGGGAGGUUGAAAUAUUAAAGGUUUGACUAUUGUUGGAGUCAAGCAGAUUUGAUGAUUACAGCUGAUUUGAGCGCAGCUCCAUGGCCUGUAAGUGUAAUUAGAUAAUUAUGUGAUAAAGUUCUGCUUAGUUUCAAUAGCACAAUACAAAAACAGCAGACACAGGUAAUUGAACAUUUAAGUUCUUGUAUUGGCAAUGCAACUUUGACUACAAAUAUUGUGCAUACAUAAGGCAUUCAGUAACAAUAUUGUAAAAGAUACAAUAUAAAUAAAACUAUCUGAGCACUUAA